CAGUAGAUUAACUUUCACGAGAUACUUACUCUCCAGCAGCGCGGCGGCCGGACGCUCACACGUUUCAUCGCAGAUAUGAAACCACGUUUAAUUAUCUUUCAGUGGAAAUCACGCACACUGCUGGAUUUAAUCUACUUUAUAUGAAAUUCGCGUGAACUUUUUUCUUGGAGUUUUUUUUUGUUUUCAAGUUCGUCGGUUGCUACUGUUGGAUUUUAAGACGAAGCAUGCCGGAGAAAAUAAGCAUUUCGGAUUUCGUUUCAUUGGCGAAAGAGGACCUGUCGUCCCCGGGAAGCUCUGGAUUUCAGUCAAAAAUGAACGACUGUCGGAGCUCUGUGAGCGCGCUUGAGGAGUCUUUGGAACAGGACCAGAUGUCCCUACAGCGGAUGAAGAAAAUUGUAAAGGCAAUCCACAACAGUGGACUCAAUCACGUGGAGAAUGAGGAGCAGUACAUUGAGGUUCUGGAGAACCUGGGAAACAGUCACAUGACACAGGACAGCAAUGAGAUCUCCACAGGCUUCCUGAACCUUGCCGUCUUCACACGAGAGAUCACUGCACUCUUCAAAAACCUGGUACAUAACCUUAACAACAUCAUCUCAUUCCCUCUUGAAAACAUGUUGAAGGCAGAGUUGAAAGACAGCAGGCUGGAGCUGAAAAAACAGAUGGAGAAAAGCUGGAAGGAUUAUGAUGCUAAAAUAGGGAAGCUGGAGAAGGAGAGGAGAGAGAAACAGAAACAUGGGCUGAUCCGGCUGGAAGGGACAGACACAGUGGAGGACAUGGAAAGAGAGAGGAGGAACUUCCAGUUGCAGAUGUGUGAGUACUUACUGAAGCUUCAAGAGAUGAAAGUCCGUCAAAGUCCAGACCUGCUGCAGAGCCUGAUAAAGUACUUCCAAGCUCAACUUAAUUUUUUCCAGGAUGGCCUAAAAGCUGCAGAGAAUCUUGGUCCAUUUGUGGAGAAGUUGGCAGCCUCUGUACAUACGGUUCGGCACAAACAAGAUGAGGAAGUUAAGCAGCUCUCUCAACUGCGUGACAGUCUUCGAACACAACUACAGGUGGAUGGCAAAGAGGAUUUUCUAAACAAGAAGAACUCUAGCCAUGGAUAUAGCAUCCAUCAGCCGCAAGGCAAUAAGAAAUAUGGCACAGAGAAAUCUGGCUUUCUUCUUAAGAAAAGUGAUGGGAUCAGAAAGGUCUGGCAGAAGAGGAAGUGUGGGGUUAAAUAUGGCUGCCUUACCAUUUCACAUAGCACGAUCAACAGACCACCAGCAAAGCUCAACCUCCUGACCUGUCAGGUGCGGCCCAACCCUGAGGAAAAGAGAACGUUUGAUUUAGUCACACACAAUCGCACAUACCAUUUUCAGGCUGAGGACGAGCAGGAAUGUUUGAUAUGGGUGUCUGUGCUGCAGAACAGUAAGGAGGAGGCCUUAAACACAGCUCUUGGGGGUGAUCCACUGCAAUUUCAGGACAGCGGUUUGCAGGAACUCGUCCGAGCUGUCAUCUCUGGCCUGAGAAAUCUGCCUGGCAAUGAGGCCUGCUGCGACUGUGGAGCUCCAGACCCUACCUGGCUCUCUACUAACCUGGGCAUCCUCACCUGUAUUGAGUGUUCAGGAAUCCAUCGCGAGCUCGGAGUACAUCACUCACGAAUUCAGUCUCUAACUCUUGACGUGCUUAGCACCUCUGAACUCUUGCUUGCAGUGAGCAUUGGAAAUUCCAGAUUUAAUGACAUCAUGGAAGUCAACCUGACCAAUGAUUCAAUCAAGCCCCUACCAAAGAGUGACAUGACAGCCAGGAAGGAGUUUAUUGUGGCAAAGUAUGCUGAACACCGCUAUGUUCUUCCAAAAGAACACUCUGAACUGUAUUGUGUGUAUGACACCGUUAGGAGUAAAGACCUCACAUCACUGCUGCAGCUCUAUGCAGAAGGAAUGGACCUUUCGAAACCAGAAGCCACACCUGAAGGACAGGACCUUAAGGAGACCGCUCUUCACCUAGCUGUGCGACUGGCAGAGAAGACCUCUCUGGCUUUGGUGGACUUUUUGGCUCAAAACUGUGGCUGCCUGGAAAAGAAGACUGCAGAAGGAAACACAGCUUUGCAUUACUGUGCACUAUACAGCAAAUCAGAGUGCCUGAAACUGCUGCUCAAAGCAAAAGCUGCCCUACACACAGUGAACUCAGCGGGCGAGACUGCACUCGACAUUGCCAAGAGACUGCAGCACACACAGUGUAUUGAGCUGCUGGAAUUGGCCCACAGUGGGAAGUUUAACUGCCAGAUCCACGUUGAAUACACUUGGGAGACUCCACAGGACAUGUAUGACAGUGAAGAUGAUCUGGAUGAUAGGGUGAGUCCACAUUCUAAGGGUUCACGGUCUCCGCUGCCACCUUCAGGCAGUAAUGGGCACUUCUCGUCUGCUUGGAACUUAAACAAAAGCAGUCCAGCAAGGACCUAUGAGAAUAUUGACUUCCUUUAUCGUAAUCCACCCAACAACAGUGCCCCCUCUGGUGGCAUAAUGCCACCUCCCCUGCCAGCUAAAGCAAUACAGAGAGGUCAAUCAGAUCCUCAGAUCUCGGUUUGCAUUCCAGAGACCCACGCACCCCACCGCCAGCGUUCCCAUCCUUCUGGAUGCCUUCAGAGAACCUCCGCUGUGAUGGAGUCUUCAGGACAUGCACCUGCACGCGCUCUCAGUACUGGAGCAGCGAAAGGACAGAGACAGAUGGUGUCCUGGGAGGGACAACCUUCCUCUGGGACGGAGAGCAAAAAUCACUCCACCUCUCCACAGAGUCAGAGAGGGCCUGUCAGUUCAGAUAAGACAACCUCAUAUCGGCGCACAAGCAGUGGGAGUCAGGGAAAGUGUUCGGUACCAUCUCCAGGAUGUGCAGGCAGUCAGGAGGAGCUGAACAGCUGUCCAGUGGGUGGAGCUCCCAACCCAGCCCCACCUCCAACUAAUGCCAAUGCCAGCAUCAGUGCCACUGUGCCAAUCCUAUUGCCACCACCUCGCUCACGCAAAAACGCCAUGAUUUCUUAUAGGCAGAGACCCAAGAAGGUCAGAGCUUUAGUGGACUGCAGAGCGGUUGGUGAGGAUCAGUUGGCUUUCUUUAAGAAUGAGGUCAUAGUAGUGAUGGCAACUGAUGACCCACACUGGUGGGUUGGCCAUAUAGAGGGAGAACCAUCCAGAAGUGGCUCAUUUCCAGUCAACUAUGUACAUCAAAUAGGAGAAUGAAUCUCUAUGAAUGUUAACAUCAUACCAAGUGGACCAAGUCCACUUUAGAGUCGCUAGACCUAGAAGCUAUAGAGAUUGUAUCUGGUAUACGCUUAGAGCUGAAAAGUUCAAAUACUGGAGUGGAUUGGAUGCAAAAAGCUGAUCCACUGAUCCAUAUCAGUGCUGUUCCUAAUGUAUUUCAGUUCUGUUUAUCUGGAUUGAAGGUUUUGGCAGGUAUAUUGUAAACGGCCCAUGAAUGACUGGACUUGAAUAGGCAGAAAAGGGAAGUAGGCCAUCCAGCUUUUGCUUGCAUUUAUGAAAGCCAAAUGGAACCAGCUCUCGCUGGCUUUGUUUUUCAAUUAAAAGCCAGCACUUGUUAUUAUUGAUGCUGAAGUAAAAUAAUUUAGACUACAUAGAAAUUCAGAUCAUCGCAAGAAAAAAAGACAAUCAGGCGCCCUUGGAGUUUUCCUGUCUGAGACUGUUGCCUAGACUGGGAGGCACUGAACUCAUUUCUUAGUGCUCUGCCUGUGGUUGGUUCAAUAGCUCAGUGUAAUUGUGCUCUCUGGACAUUGUUUUAUACUGUCAGGUGUUAUGAAAUGCUAUAUAACCUUAAUUUUGGCCAGACACUAGGUCCACCAGACUUUGAGUUAAAGACUGAGUAAUGUAUUCUGUUUUGUCUGGCUCUUGUGCACCGACGUCUCCUAUUGCUGCUGAUUCCCGGACAUCCAGCCCUGCACUUAGAACUACGGCAAUUCACAACAUUCAGUGUGAAAUACAUCUCAAAUCAAUUUCCAGAAUCCUCAACUAGAACACCAGAAUAUUAUCUAUCUGACCAAAUAUAUUUUUUUUAGUCCUUGUUGUGCUUUAAUUUGCCAAAAAGCCCAGAAUUCAGUAUUCUUAAGGCCUAUAUACUUCAGUUUUUAAAAAAGAUUCAGAGCACAUCAACUCGGAACAGUACAGUAGACAGACACUGUUCUGUCUUUCCAUGCAUAAAGACUGUAAAAUAAAAAUACAGUAACCCACAGCCAGUUUUACAGCUCAUGUGCAUGAUUCUUAUUUUAUCUGCCUUGUUUUUGGGAUAGUUCACCCAAAAAUUUAAAUUCCCUCAUUUACUCACCGUCAUGCCAUCUCAGCUGUGUAUGACUUUUAUUUUUGCUGCUGAACACAAAGGAAGCUUUUUAAAAAACAAUCUCUGCUCUGUAGGUCCGUACAAUACAAGUGAAUGGUUGCCAGAACGUUGAAGCUCCAAAAAGCACAUAAAGGCAGCAUAAAAGUAAUCCAUAUAACUUUUUUAACUAUGAAUUUUCCUCCCUGCCCAGUAGGUGGCGAUGGAAUGAUGCAUGUGUGUCGCCAAAAACAAAAGCAGAAGAAUGUGAAAGGGUAGAUUUAUAGAAAAAAAGGAUAUAAAUGUUGAUCUGUUUCUCGCCCACACCUGUCAUAACACUUCUGAUGAUAUGGAUUUAACCACUGGAGUUUUAUGGUGCUUUUUUGGACCUUCAAUGUUCUGCCCAUCAUUCACUUGCAUUCAAUGGACCUACAGAGCUGGAAUAUGUUUCUAAAAAUCUUCGUUUGUGUUCAGUAGAAAAAGAAAGUCAUCCCCAUCUGGGAUGGCAUGAGGGUGAGCAAAUGAUGAGAUAAUUUGAAUUUUUUGGUGAACUAUCCCUAUAAUGUUAUGUGGCAUAAUAGUGCCAAAACUAAGUGUUUUUUCAGUGCCUGCACAUAUAAAAUCUCAGAUCAGAUAUUCAACAAAGAGCAAAUACUUACAUUGUAUUUAAUCCCUCUGUUAAUUCUAUAAAAACAACUUUUUAAGAAUAACCACAAGUGCACUACAUAAAGUGCCAAUAUUCAGUGAUAGUCUGGAAAAGUCUCUGUCAGUUUUAUAUAUGAAGAAAUAUAAUUUUCUGUAAUUCAUGCCCUCAUUUACUGUUUAUUUAUGCAUUCUUCUCUGUCACUGUAUUGUUGUCAGUCAUCAUCGUUAUUAUGGGGUCUCCUCUCCAUACUGAGGUGGUUUUAUGGAGCAUUUGGCAUGUGUCUAAAACCAGCAGACUCUGUAUAAAUGUUUGAGAGUACACAACAGAUGUUUCCCCUCUGCCAUCGCAUUGACUAUCUUUGAAGCAUUAUUUGGGCAGAGGUGAAAGUAUGUACUGUUGGCACCAGAGGUCCAAAAUGGUUCUGCUGACUUUGUGUUUUAGGAAAGCAAGAGGCAAAUGGUAAUGCUGCUUGUAAAUAGUGCUUGUUGAACUCAGUUCUUUUGUAAACAUGCAUCACUGUUACUAUAUAUUUUUACUGUUAAGAAAUGCCUGUUCUGUUUUUUUUUUUUUUUUUUACAUUUUGCUCGGCAUCUAAUAUUUUUUUUUAUAGAAUGGAAAGUGACUAUUAAAAGUUUCCAAGACAUAUGUAAAGUACUGUCUCGAUUUGACAUGCAUUUCAGUAUGCAAGUUAAUCUGACUGUACCUCCUACAUUGAAUUAAAAAGCUAGUGUGAAAUUGAAGAUAGUAAGUAAAUUCUACAUUUGUACAUAAAAGCUAGAACAUUAAUUUGAACAUAUUAGAAUUAAAUAUUAUGAGUGUUUGUUUAUCUUUACAAUGCAUAAUCAUGUACCAGUCCUUAAGUAGAAAACAUUGUCAUAUUUAUUUGCUACUUUGUGUAAAUUUCACAGGUAAAUGACAUUUUGUAAGUAAAUUGUACUUUCAAACUUUUCGAAGCUGGUGUUUCCAGCAUUGAAUAAUCAAUAAGCUUGCAUAGUUUCACUGUUUGCAAGUUGACUUAACACCAUUUUUUUUUUUUAUCAUUGAUUGUGUUAUGUUUGGUAAUCUCUUGUUUUGUGAUAUCUGAAGUUAAUUUUCUACUUAAAAUUACCCAUUAUUGAUCUGUUUAUUGUUACCAUCAUUGUGUUUUGUGUACCGAGUGUUCAGGUCUGCGAUCAUAUAUUUAACAUCAUUUACAGUAAGAUGUCGUUGACUGAUAGAUUACAUGCAUUAAGCUUUCCUGUGGAAGGCUUCUGUGUGUUGUUAUAUGUACAUGACUAAGUACUUUAAAAAGAACCAAAAGAUCUAAUCCAAGUUUUGGUGAUAAUGUAGCAUAAUGAGAUAUUUAUAAGCAAAUUUUCAUAGGCCGGACAUCUUUGGGAACACCAAAGUAGGUAAAAAAUGUAGACCGCUCAAGGGUUAAAAAAAAUUUAAAAUUAAAAUGCUAUUUAAAAACAAUUUCAAACACUAUUACACUUUUUAAAAAGCAUGAAUUAAUUCAGUGAUAUAUUGCUUGAGUAAAAAGAAUAAACAGAGAGUGAGUAAAAUUGACUUGAAACAGAGUAUUGCAAAGUAAACUUUAAAAGUAAAAGAAUUGUGGAUAGCAUUUACUUGAAAAUAUGGUCUGUUAUAUUUAACUAGCAAUUUUAGUGUGAAAAUCUUAGAUUUUUUCUUAAGUAAACCCUACUCUAAAUUAUUUUCUGUGUAGUCUCUUGACUUUGAUUCAAAUCCAAGUCUAAACCUUUGCAUUUACUGUAAACCUAUAAGUUUAUUACAACAUUUUUUUUUAAAGAUCUUGCAUUAAGUUUUUAUCAGGAGAAAUGAGAAAAGGGUCUUAUUCUAGAAUAUAUAUAAGCCCCAUACAAUCCACACACAUUCACACAGGCUAUCCUCAUUCUUCUGCAAAAUUGUUCAAAUCCCUAGAUUAAGAGAGUAGCAUCUUUUGCAAACAGAUUAUGCACACACAAAUCCAUGGAGAUGUAUGUGUGUCCAUAUUAGUACGUUUUACUGAGAGUGCCUCACUUCCAACAGCGUCAGUCCUCCACAUGGGAUGAGCCUAAUGAAUGGUUGCCAGCACUCAAGUUGUUUACGGAUUGAGAAUCGUUAGCUCUUAGUGUCCGACUGAGCUGUUGCAUAAUUGACAGGUCUUACAUCACUGGGCAGGGGGUCCGAACGAAAUGAUGCUAUAAGUCUCAGGUUCAACAGAAGCUUUGAAACAGAUAUACACAGUGAUGAUCCACAGGCUAAACUUGUUUCAUACAAACUUCAUUUACUUACAGGAGGCCUUUUUAACUGUACUAAUGGCAAUUUAGCAAUAAUGGAGAUAAAAUACCCUUGGUGCUUGCUAAGGAGAAAGUACUUGUACUAUGUUAUUGAUAUUGUGCUUUAUAUUUAGAUAAAUGUGUCUGCCCCUUUGAAAUCAAACUGGUUUGCAUUAUGGUAUGGGAAAUGAAAUAUGUGAGAUAUCCUUAGAUUUUUGACAGUAAAUCAUGGCUGACUUUAAGUAAAGUACGCAAACCAUAAAUUUCCUUUCUCAGAAGUUUAAUUACCAAUAUUAUACACCAAUAUACAAUAUUUUAUAGGUCAUCUGAGAACUCAACACUUAGAUUUCAUAAUUUAUUUGUAUGAAGAAUCACCACGGGGAAGCUUUUCACUGGACUAAGCUCAGCCAUAAGAUCAGGGUUAUUCUAGGUCAAGGUUUUUCUAGUGUCAUAGCUUUUGCCAUUAUGUUUAAUACAUAUGUUGUUGUUGUGACAUGACAUCUUGCAUAAUAAGUGCUUAUACUAAUCUGUGUGUACAUUGCAAAUGAAGUAACAAAUGGAUGCUCUUUUGCUCUCUAUAGCCUUAAUCUUAAAUCCCCGAUGUUGUGUGUUCAGAAUAAAUUCUGCUGGUGUUCAGAACCAAUAUUUAUGAGUAUUGUGAAGUGUCUGAAGAGCGUAUCAGAUUUAGAAUUCACCCCAAAAAAAGGCCAGA